AUGGCUGACAUGUGUGUUGACCUAAUUCCGCAAUCUCUAUCGCUGUUUGACAAAAUUUACAUAUGCUUAGAUGCGUGUAGAAAUGGGUUUGUUAAGGGUUGUAGACCACUAAUAGGCCUAGAUGGAUGCUUUUUAAAGGGGUAUUAUGGAGGCCAACUCCUAAUUGCAAUGUCACUUGAUGCUAACAACCAUAUCUUCGUUAUUGCAUAUGCUGUUACAAGAGCAGAAAACAUAGAGAACUGGAUGUGGUUCUUAACUCGGUUUCAGGAUGAUUUGGGAGACCAUCAAGUGCACGGAUGGAAUCUCAUGUCCGACCAACAGAAGGGACUUAUGGGUGCAACAAAGGAAGUCAUGCCCUAUGCACACCAUAGAAAUUGUGUGCUGCACAUUUGGAAGAAUCUUCAACAAAAAUUCAAUAACAAGCAGGUAAAGGGACUGUUAUGGCAUGCUGCCAAGUGCACUACUCAGGUGCAGUUCAAAGCAUCAAUGGAGAAGUUUAAAAGUGAGUGUCACGGAGGAUGGGAGUAUCUGAAUCAAUUUGAUCCAGCAGUUUGGUGCAAGGCAUAUUUCAAUCAUGGUCUGAAGAAUGACAACUUCAUCAAUAACAUGUGUGAGGUUUGGAAUUCUAUGAUAGUUGAGGCUAGGGAGAAGCCGAUUCUAACAAUGUGUGAAGAGAUAAGGUGUACAAUAUUGAAAAAGAUGGCCAAGCACAAGAGGAUUCUAGGGAGGUGCAUUGGAAAACUGGCACCAAUGCAGCAGUGGAGACUUGACAGUCACAUUAAACCGCAGAGUCAUAAAUGGAAUGCACAAUGGAGCAAAGAUUAUGACAGGUUGACAGGGAUGCCAUGUGUUCACUCAGUUGCUGCUAUCUCUAAGUUGAGGAUCAAGGUUACCGAAGACUUUGUGAGCCCUUAUCUCACUAUAGAUGCUGUAAGGAAAAUAUAUGACUUGUGUGUAAAUCCAGUGAACAGCAAAGAAUUUUGUGAGAAGACAGACCAUCCAAAGCCACAACCCCCUAGGAUAGUAAGACCAGUUGGUCGUCCAAAGAAACACAGGACUGAAUCCGGUGCACCCCCUCCCCCUCCAGUGAUUGGCGACAAAGUGAGAAGAACUUUUCAGGUAAUGUGUAGUAAAUGCGGGGAGAAGGGGCAUUAUUAUAAAACAUGUAAGGGAGCACCAGCUAAACCCGACUGGCAACCAAAAAGGAAGAAGGCAAAAACGGGUAGCAAAGCUUUGGUUGUGAUGACUGAAAAUGUAGCUCCUGCCCCUCCCCCUAUAGGGAAUGUGGCUGGUAUUGAUGGUGGUGUAAAUAACAUACCUGUUAAAGAACCUGAACCUAUUAACCGGGACCCUCUUACAUAUGUGGCUGCAAAACAUGUUUCUGUCAUACAGGAUACAACUAGGAAAAAUAAGAAAAAAAUGCCAAAGAGGCCGCAUGUAGAGCCAAAUGAGAUAAACAUUUCACAAACUGCCCCAACUACAGAGGAAUUCAUCAAACUACUCCAAUGA